AAUGCGGUGGUGGCAAUUAUUAUAUUUUAAGUAUUAUUAGUUUUUAUUAAACAACGACGACGGCCACGAUUAUCCAAGUAAUAUUUAAGUUAUUGAACGAUAUUUAUUGAGAGGCGUUUUUCCCGGUUUUAUAAAAAAUUUCAUUAAAAUGUUAAAUUUAUUUUAAAUUAUACAACAAUUUUCUAUUCUCUUUGAUUUCAAUUAAUUUCCAAUAAACGGUUACUUAAUAUUCCAGUGCUUGUAUAGUGUUUAAGUGUAUCAUAUAUGUAAAACUUUUAAAAUAAAUUUAGUAUAAAACUAUUGAUUAGUACAAUAAUAGUUAAAGAAAAUAUUUAACGACAACGAAUUAGAUUUAAAAUUGUUAAGCGGCGAAAGAAAAUUUAAGAUAUCAUUUUCGCUAACGACAUUAUUAUAUAGGAUUAAAUAAAAAUUGUUUAAAAUUUUUAUAAAUGAAUGAAGAGAAAAAUUCGACAAAAAGAAAAAAAUCACACACUAAAAAAAAACGUAAACAAAGACUUAUAUACAAAAAUAACAAAAACAAAUCUAUAUAGUCACUGAAAGCUGUCAACAAUUUGUAAAGGUGCUUAAUAAUAACAACAAAUACCUCUAUGGGAAUUAAUUACUUGCCAAUAAAUUAAUACAACAAUAAAAAUAAAAACAACAACAAUAAUUCUGAUAAGAUUUCGUAGAAAUUUUUUUUUGCAACAAAACGAAAUUUCCAUUUUAUUAACAAAAAUUAUUUAGAUUUGUGCUUUUACGUUUAUAUGGUGCAAUUUUAUUUUAAUGGAAACUUUUACCAGCUGUAAGAUUAUUUUUAAUUUAAACGAGAUUUUCUAAGCUGAGGCUAACAAAUAGACAUGGAUCACUUGGAUUUAGCUGGAGUAUUAACAACACCACCGCAAUGGAAUCUGCCGGCUUUCGAGCAACAAGAUGCCAUUUAUUUGUCGUCGUCAAGGCAAAUGCUGGAGCCUAUUAUGGAGGAGACCUCAGAGGAUGAGGAGUAUGCUCUAAAUUCUUGGCAGCAAUAUGAACAUCAAGGCAGUGAUAAUGAGGGUGGUGCCACUACAGAGGGUGAAUCGGUGUGUGGCGGCACUAGUGGAGCAGGAGGAGCUAGUUUUUGGAGUUCGGCGGAAUCGGACACGGGCUCAGUGAUAAGAAUCGAAGUAACUAAGGAUAAUGAUUCUACCUCUGAAAGAGAUUUCCUGUGUCCAGCCAAAAGACCACGUAGAUGCGAAGAAUCUUUGGCACAAAGUUUGCCAGAAGAGGAGGUUAUAUUAAGGCGUCCUUUGUAUGGCAUAGAAAAGAAUAACAGUUUGGAAAGAUUUUUAAAUUAUGAAAACUUUUCACGAGAUUCUUGGGGUGCUAAUAGUCAACAGCGCAGUAGCGUAGGCAGUCGCAGAGGAUUUGAUGAUUUCUAUUCUGAUUCAGAUUCUUUGUCCUACAAUUCCUUGAGUCGUUCCUCGAGUUUGAUACAAUUUGAAUCAUUGGAGAGGCAAUUACUAAUGCAAGAACAACAUGUCAGUAUGAACAGUUUGGGCAAUUCCUCACCUUCCCUAAUGAGUUUUGAUAACAACGAGGAGUCCACCAAUAAAUUGUUAAAUAAUUCAGGCAAUAAUUCCGCCAAUAAUAGUCGACGAGGUUCUCAAUCUUCCUUAAUGAAAAAAUAUGAAUCUUUAGAUGGACGUUUGCAUCAAACUUAUUAUGAUUUGGAUAAGUUAAAUUUUGAUGAUAUGGAUCACAGUAGUGGUGAUAAUUUCUCCAGAAAUGGAAAUCUAAAAGUGGCUUCUCAUUUAGCAGAAUUAAGAUCAGAUUCAGAAUCUUCUUCGGAGGGUUCUGAGGGCACACAAAGUGUUCUAUCGCCGGCAGAUAUUAAUGAUAAUGAGUUUCUAUUUAAGAAAUUCAAUCGCACCAAUUCGCAACAAAAUAAAAAAGGCAAAAGUUCAGCAGAGAAUUUAUCCGAAGAUUCUGGCUAUUGUGAGCCUGCUAUGGGCUUUGGUUUAAGACGCAGUAAAUCACAGAGUCUAUUGAAAAACUAUGAAAAAUUUUCCGAAGAGGAAGAAGAAAUGGAAAAUAAGUCAUUAAUACACAUGGAGCAACAGCAGACAAAUACAACAACAGCAAUAGAAUUUAAAAAUACCAACACGAGAUAUCAUCAACAUCAUCAUCAUCAACAACAACAGCAGCAGCAAGAAACACCACCGCAUUCCCCUCAGCUAGACUAUAUACGACAUAAACAGCGUACAGAGGCCCAUUCGCCAUCGCCGGUAUCAUCAGAAGUGUCGACAUCAUCAUCAUCUUCGUCGUCGUCGUCUUCUGCUCGCUCUCAACACUCGUCUUCAUCAUCAACAUCUUCUUCAUCAUCUACAGCUUCCACAUCUUCAUCGGCCACGACAUGCGCAUCAAAGGCCUCUUUUACUUGGCUAAUGCCAACCACCACUGACGGCGCCGCCCGACAAUUGCCAACAGUUCAGGCCGAUCAACAACUACAUUCACCAACACAUUUCAGUCUAAACGAUCUCUGUGUAGUGAAAACAUCUAAUAAGGAAAACGCUGCCACACAAAUAGUAAAAGAAUUUUCUUUUUUAACGCGAUCAACGACGUCACGACACGAUCAUAGCGGAGAGCAAAAAUGUAAAGAAAAUAUCUCUUCUAAAGAAUAUUCGUUAAGUGAAGAAGCUAAAAGUAUAGAAAAAGAAGAAAAUGAAAAUAAUAGUGAAUUAAAAAUAAAUUAUUGGAAAAAUGGUGAAAAGUUUCUAGAAGAAGAAGAACAAAAGCUUAUUGUGCAAACGUUUAAUAAAGAGAGAUUGAGAAAAGAGUGCGCUGCAAAAGCUAAAAGUGGUGAAUUUAAUAAUUAUGUGUUUAAUAAUCUAACAAAUGUCCAGAUUGAUUUAAAUCAAAUUCCAAAAUAUACAACAACAUCCUGCCCUUCUACACCAGAGUUUCGAAAAACAAUAGAACGUGAUUAUACUCCUUUAAGUUUAAGCAAAGUUUAUGAUAAUUUAAUGCCUAGUUGGCCAGUAAAAACUUCCAGCGUUCCCAGCGAAUUGUAUAAUUUAGGCCGCAAGAAAAAGCUUAAAAUAAAUCUUACUCAUAAAACCUCCAUAGAAGUUGAUACGUCCAUUAAAGAGCCCUUAAUAGAUAAUGAUUCUUUAGCAGCAUCCCUGACAAGUUUAGAAGAUUUGCCUUCAUUAAAAAGAAGUUUAAGUUGGUGUAGUUCUGCUCAAACUCCCAAAGACUGUAAUAGCUUUACAGCAGAAACUAAAAACUUAGCACUACUACAUCAAUCUUAUCACAAUUUGGCCUCAUUGAACUUGGAUUUGGAGCAGCAGGAUACCAUGGCGGAAAGAAGAAUAUCCUCGGAUUAUGAAACGGAAAUUAUUUGUAAAAAUAAUUUCCUAUUAGAUGAGCUAUCGGCUCAUUAUGAACGUACAGCUUCUAUAUUGAAUGAUAAGCCUCUGGAGGAUAAGGAAGAUAACACGAACAAACCCUUAAAGCCCGAAAGAUCUCAGUUAAGAAAAUCUUCCAAUUCUAGUUAUUCCCAGGGAGAGGAAAGUGAGUCAGAGCAAGUGCAACAUGUACAGCUGGUUAUACGCAAACCCCCUGCGCGGCAAAAGCGAGCCAAUGGCCAGCCAUUAACACAGGAAAAGGCUAAUAGUUUGACACAAGAUUUUAGCUUCAAGGCCAUAAUGCAAAGUGGUCCCCACAAAACUUUCGAUCAGGAUCCUACUAUUUUGAAAACCAGUUAUGCCCAAAGUUUGGAAAAGUGUAAUUUCGAUUGUAAAGAACUGUCCAACCAGGAUUUAGCCAAAACACGCUCUAUUCCCAAACGUAGAUUCCACUCUCAAGCUAAUUAUGCUAAAAAGAAGAAUCUUGUAUCCUCCACACCCAAUCUAAAUGCUUAUGAUUUCCAGCAUCAAGAUGAUAUUGAAGAUGAUAUGUUUGUUUCUAGUGCCCACAAUUCCAUGCAUCAAUUGCCCUUGUCACAAACACAAAAACCAUUGGGUAUUCUAUUGCCUGCCGGCUCUAGAACUUCUUUUGGCAAGGAGGUAAGUUUCUGUCCUGUAGUAUCCAAAUACUGUUGGCAGGAGCAAUCUUCAGAAGAAUAUAAUGAUGGCUUAGAGGCUGAAGCUGCCGCAGAGGAAGAAAGUGAAGAUGAACUGUUGGAUAAUGCCGAUGCCACGGUUAUAUAUAAUACCAAAGAGAAUGAAAAUAUAGCGGCGAAAUAUAAUGAAGAGUAUUUGAAAAAAGAACAACAAAAGCCAGAACAAGAAAUAGAAAUUAUAAAAGAGAAAGCGGUAUUGAAAGAGAUCAAUAAACAAACAGUUGAAAAGAUCAUUAAAGAGUCUGAAAAAGAAAGAGAAGAGCUAAUAGAAAGAGAAACUGAGAGUUUAAGAGAAAAUGAAACAAAACGAAAUGAAACACAAGAAGAGAUAAAACAAAGAGAUGAAAUCGUAGAGUGCAAAAGGGAAUUGGAUAACACGCAUAAUAAUGAAACAACGAAACAAAUGGAGAACGCCAAACAAAUGGAAUUGACAACAGCAACGAACCUUAGUUUAACCACGAACGUAAACAAUGAAACAUUAAAAACGCAAUCGUCAGACGCGCAAAUAAUAAACGAAACUAAAAGUGUUAAUAAUAAAGUUAAUAAUAAUACGUGUUUAAAAACCAAACCUACAGUGGUAGUAGCAAGACCUUUAAGCAUACAAUUGCCCAUCUUAACAGAACCGCCUAUUAAUCGUGCCCAUCAUAUACUCUAUGCCUCACAGCAAAUGUUGGAUAAUUUCCAAAGGCAACAACAAAACGAGGAAAACGAACAUUUCAAUAAAUCACAAUCCACACAAAAUCUAAGCAAAACAAUGUCCAGCAAAACUAAAGAACUAAAACAGCAGUCAGCUCCCAAUCAAACCGUUAAUAAUAAUAAUGAAAUUAUGAAAUCCAAAUUUAAACAUGAAGAAAAACAUCCCAAUUCAAAGGGUUUCCUUUCGAGAUUCGCCAAUGGUUUUAGGUUUUCGUUAAGGCGUAAUAAGAAAAAACUAUCAAAGGAUCAGCAACAAGUGGAACAAUUGGAAAGUAAUAAUGGUAUGACCAAAGAAAAUAAAACAAAAUCUUUGCCAGCUGCACAUAAACAAGCAGAUUUUAUACAUAUUCCCCUAAAGGGACCUCUGCCGGAGAAUAGAGGUAAUGGUCAAAAUAAACAAAUAAAUGGCAAUGCUGUUAACCCAAAACAAAAACCAACUAAAAAUAAUACAGAUAAAGUAACCGGCAAACCACCCAUACCACCCCAACAACAGCAACAACAACAAUUGCUCAAAAUGCAAAGCGCACAAUCCGCUACACAACAGCAGCAACAACAACAACCAUUAGUUGAAGUUGGUCUUAGUCGUUUCUACACCGAAACUGAAAACAACCCCACCAUACCCUUUAACCCACAACAAGAAACUACACAAGAUUUUCUCAACGGUGAAAAACAAGCUUUAUAUCAUGAACAUGAAAAUCAGUCGUGUGCCAACCUUAAACAAGAAACACCGGAAAAUGUUACAGAAAUGAUGUCGGUUAAUUCCAACAAUACUACGUACGAAUUUAAUAAUUCUUCAUCACCUUCGCGUGCCUCCGUCUCGCAAAAAACUCAAAUGUUUAAUAAUUUAUCGCGUCAAUCGGUACCGCAGCAUUCGCAACAACAACAACAACCAAAAAUCGGUUUAAUCGAAACUAAUCUGGAUACACAUGAAACUAUAAUAACGGGUAAAACGCGUUCGUUAAUCAAUAUCGGUCCUAAUCAACUACAACAGCAGCAGCAGUCAAGAUUUGCCGGUAAUAAACGUCUGCAUACCAACGCACAUCAUAAUCAUAGCUACAAUCAUCAUCAGUAUCAGCAUCACCACCAUCGUCAUCAUCACGAUGGCAAUGAGGCUGAUGACGAUGACUAUGAUGAUAAUGAUGACGAUGAAGUGGUAGUACGUCCCGAUGGUACGGUAGUAGUUAUAAAAAAUGCCGGUUCGAAUGGUUCAACAGCAUCGCAAACAGCACAAAUUGUUUCUGUACGUCGUCCUCAUAAGAGUAUGGAAUUUUUAUUGGAUAAAGAAAAUCAAAAGGAUGUUAUGGUAAGUUAAAGUGAUUUCUAUAUAUUUUU